AUGUAUUCUUUUAUAGUUUUGAUGUCUUCAGUAAUAAUCUACAAUGUAAAAAAUCAUUAAACCCCCCCCCCCCCCCAAAAAAAAACAUUGAAAAGUUAUGUCCAAAUUUUUGACUGGGAGUGUAUGUCAGAGCCAGAGACACUACAUGCAUUUGUCCAUGCAACCAUCCCCUCUUGAAUUAAUUUUUAAGCUAAGAUAUCUAGAAUGCACCUUUCUUUUUUCUGAUGCCAUCAGUCACCGUACAAGGUUCAAAUUAGUCUUCUAUAAAUGAGCGGGAACUACUGUGCUCCUGUCCUAAUUAAACGACACAAAUUAGCAAAACAUUGGAGAGAUCUACUUAUAAAUUACAUUCAUACAAUAAUACUCUGAAGUGUACAUGCAAAAGAUAUUUAUGAAUAUGUAAAUUUUCGUGGAUCCAAACAAAAUCAGAGCAGAGUAGCAUUUACACUCGUAUUUUUCCUCUCUGACUACAAUAUGUAUGACUGUUUCUGAAUGCUAAUAAAACACUAAUGUUUAGGAAAUGCAGGUUGUCAAACCAGAUUGGUGACCUGUCCAGGGUGUCCCCUGCCUUCACCCUAAGUCAGCUGGGAUAGACUCCAGUCCCCCGUGACCCUAAUGAAGUUUAAGCGAUGUGUAGAUAAUGGAUGGAUGUUGUCAAACCAUACACUCAGAAUUCAUUAUCUGUUUAUUUCAGAAAUUGAUAUUCAAAUAAUAGUGCAUUUACUAAAAAUAUGUGGCCCCAUUUUUGAAUGCUAUCAAGAUGUUCCUAGUCAUGUUUCUAGCAGCACUACAGAAACACGAUGAGUUGUUGGAUUACCAGUUCAUGGCAAAGUUAACAUGAAAAGCAUUCAGCGAGCGCAGCACUUGGCCAAGGCUGCUCAGUUGUCGUAUCAUUUCCAACGGAUAAGUCCCGGUAAGUCCCCAGCAGUCGAUUUGUUGUAGCAAUCGUGAUCGUCAGCAGGCAGCUGACAUAAUGUUCACUUGCAGUCAUAGUUACAGUGACACCGUGCUGCUAUCUCGCAAUGAUACAGAAAUCUUUAACAAAUCCAUGGAUCCAAAACUAAGCGGCCUCACUGCCAAAAUCUAAUUACUUGGUCCUUGUGUCAUUUCAUCCAAGUCUGUUAGUCUGUUUCUGAGCAAUGUUGCACACAGAUAAACAGAAAAAUAGACAAAUGUAUGCCAAUUGUCACAUAACUCUGCCGCGUUCUUUGUCAGAGUAACAAGGCAUACUGUUGUAGAUAUAAUACAGCAUUAUGGUUCCCCAUUCUACCAGUAAUGACAAUGUAAUUAUGUAGUUUGCUUUGGUUAUAGUUUUUUUCAUCAUGCCACAAUUCAUCUUCAUCUAGUGGGCAAAGUUGGAAUUACUCACGUGUUCCUAGUAGUUUUACAACCUUACUGCACAUUCAGGUUGAAAAUUACUCCAAAGAAAGCAGUAAUACCACAGUGUUAGCAACAUAAUGUAUUUAAAGCACAGAUAUUAAAUUAAUUUGAAAUUACUGGUGCGGCAUUGGUUACCUUGCUUAAAAUUAGCAAUUGGUAAAUGUUAUUUUUUAAAUUUUAAUUACUUUGUAUGCCAUGUGGUAACUUCACUUUUCCACUGGUAUUAUGUUUGCCAAGUUUUACCAUAUUAUAUAGUAUUUAUAUGUUACAUUUUACAUUAUUAAUCUGAACCUGCAAAGAACAAGUAACUAAAGUUAUCAGAUUAAUGUAGUGGAGUACUGACAACAGUAUUUCCCUCUGAAAUGUAGUGGAACAGAUGUAAAAUAUUAAAAAUCAACAAAUAUUUAAUAAAAUUAAGUAUUUGAAAAGUGCACAUACCUCAUACAUACAAGUAAAUGUGUUUGCAUUCCACCACUGGCAGUAGUAUAACUUUGAAAAGACUUUUCUUUAUUGCAACAUCUCAUGCACACAUUUUUCUAAAUCUUUACAUGAAAUUGUGAGAAAAUAUUUUUUACGUCACAAAUUAUCUUAGAAAUAGGGUAGCAACAAGCAAUUAUUUUUCUUCGUUAGUUAAUCAGUCAAUCUUUUUUUGAUUAACUGAUUAUUUGUUUGGUUUCUAGAUUGUCAAGAAAUGAUGAAAAAUGUCAAUCAGUGUUUUCCAAAGCAUAAGAUGAACAAAUGUCUACUUUUGUCCUUCCCAUGACAGUAAAACCCCUUUUGGACCUUGAAAAUUACUCAUAUCAGCUAAUGAGUUAUCAAAAUAGUUGGCGAUUAAUGUCAUUGUUGACAACUGUAGUGCCACUUUUGCACAUUCAGGUCCUACAGUUUAGAAACUGACUGUUACCAUUGAUUAACUGUUGCAAUAGUCCUAAUCUCUGCAAGUGGAGUGUAUGGAGACGUAAUUUAAACAUCAUAGUUUUUCUUUGGAUCUGUCUUUAGGUUUAUAAUCCUGAUAAUUUAAUUCAGUUUUUUGUGGUAUUGAAACAAUUGCAACUGAUAAUAAUAAAACUUUAGCAUACAACUUGUGUAAAUAAAUAUGGCAGGAGAUUGACAUAGUUAUGUUUUCACAGCUUUUUCUUACAACAUGUAGGUAUGAUUUUUACAGUUUGAUAUAAACAAUUUGUUUUCAGUUCAUGAAUAUAAAAUGUGGUCAAAAUGACAAGUAUACGAAUGAGAAUGUGUAAUUGUGAAAAUUACGACGGCACCUGAAUGCAACGCGUCCACAGGUCCAGACUGUCAUCAGCGCAGCAGCGGUUCAGUGCUGGAGGCUGCACUGACGCACAGAUGGUUUGCGGAUAAUCUGAAAGUUCAACAUGGACAAUAACAUAACGAGAGACUUCACACAAGGCUGCAGAAAGAGUUCACUUUGAGUUAGCUGCGUUUUUGUUUAUUUUUAGUUUUCUGUUUUGUUUUUUGUUUUUUUCAUUUCUGUAACUUGACAGAGACGUUGAAGAAUACGAAGUCAGCGGCGCAAACUCUCAUUGCGCCAAUUGCCGGCUUUCUUUGCUCUCUGUAGCUGAAGUUGGAGAAAAUGAAAAAUAUGGUUGAGGUCGUUACGAGUCUGGUCAUUGUUGUCCAGUUUCAGAUAAGCUUCAUGAAGCUAACACCUGCUUAUGGCGUUCACCAUACUAACAUGCAGUCAUACGUAGUCACAGAGAACCACCAGUCCAGAGAGCAGAGGUGGACAUCUGGGCCCAGGUCUGGGGCCCCUAGCUGGGCUGCAGAUAAGAGGGGCCACUACAGAGACCGGCACCAGCCUGAGGAGUCGGAGCCUGACCUGCUGAUGGAGGAAGGACACGAUAAUUCUACACAGAUUGUGGACAUUGAUCAUGUCUACUACACAUCUAAAAUCUAUGGUCCUGGAGACACAACUGCUAAAGAGCUGUGGGUGAACAUUGACGACAUGGAGGAGGACGAGUGGAAGGUCCAUGGCUUUCUGUCCAACACACACAGACAAGCAGAGAGAGUGAAUCUUUCCUUUGACUUUCCUUUCUAUGGCCAUUUACUCAAAGAAAUCACUGUUGCAACUGGAGGUUUCAUUUACACUGGAGAUAUAAUCCAUCGGUUGCUCACAGCCACUCAGUAUAUCGCUCCACUGAUGGCGAAUUUUGACCCCAGCAUGUCCAAAAACUCUACUGUGUUUUACUGUGAUAACGGAACUGCGUUGGUGGUUCAGUGGGACCACGUUCAUCUCCAGGACAACAUCAGUCUGGGAACUUUCACGUUUCAGGCAGUUCUGCACAGCGGUGGACGGAUUGUCUUUGCCUACAGAGAGAUUCCUAUCAGCAUCAGCAACAUCAGCUCUGAGAAUCAUCCCGUCAAAGUGGGCUUGUCAGAUGCUUUUGUGGUGCUUCAUGAGAUAGAGCAGAUUCCCAAUGUUCGUCGGCGAACCAUCUAUGAGUAUCACAAAGUCGACAUCCCCAAAUCAAAAAUCUCCAGUUCUACAGCAGUGGAGAUGCUCCCUCUCCCUACAUGUCUGCAGUUCUCCAGCUGUGGCCCAUGUGUCACUUCUCAGAUUGGCUUUAACUGCAGUUGGUGCAGUAGGCUACAAAGAUGCUCCAGUGGCUUUGAUCGUAACCGACAGGAUUGGGUUGACCACGGCUGCCCUGAAGAGAGACGUGAUCCUCGAUGUCUGCGGACACUAGAAGUCACAAACAACACAUCACAGCACCCGAUACACACAACCACUCCUGGUACAGCAACCUCAGAGCAGCAGAGGACCUCUGGGAUGACUUCCACGCCCCUCAGCAAAACCACCACUGUCAGCAACCCCUCGACACACAGCAGCUACAGCAGAAGAACAAUAUCGAGUCCACAGCCUCCAACCAGCAAAUCUGCACCUGAUGACACUGAGAUCGCUUUGCACAUCAAUGACAUACCAGGAGACAAGGAUGCAGGGGAGAGUGAUGAGGGGCUGCAGACUGGUCUCCUGGCAGGCAUUGUUGUGGUGAUGCUCGUCAUGGCAGCAGCCAUUUUUAUGUCCAUCUACAUGUACAACUACCCCACCUCCAGCGCCAGUCUUUUCUUCAUGGAGCGACGCCCAACUCGCUGGCCAAUCAUGAAGUUCAGACGGGGAUCUGGUCGGCCUUCAUACACUGAGGUGGAGACUCCCGGUCAGGACAAAGAAGGUUCGGUGAUCAUCGACCCCAAACAGUCUUUUGUCAUCUCUGACAGAAGAGAAAGCGAACAGAAGGAAGGUUUCAUAGUUCCUGAUCAGAGGGAGCGUUUCCUCGGCUCAGACAGCUCCUGACCAAUACUACAUAUCCAUGAGGCUUUGGGACAGAGCUGGUUCUCUAUGUGAGUUUGCAUUCCUUCCUUGAAUGCUGAGAUUUUUCUCCUAUUUAGCUGUUGCACAAGUUCACUUUAAAGACACAAUUUGAGCAUUGAAAGACACAAAAACCUCAGUGUGGAAAUUGUAACGUCAGAUCCUGUUUGCUUUAUUUUGGUGAGCCGUAGAACUGUUCUAAGGCAUAAAGGACAAAAAUACUAUUAUUUUGUACUUUGCUCAGGUCAUAUGCUCGUGUUUACAGCUGCAUCACAGAGUGAGAGGUGGCACUGGUGAAUGUUUUGAAACCAUUCCUCUCAAAGACGGCCUUUAUUUUCCAGUGCUGUCCUUCCCACACCUUCUUCAUAAAGUGGAAUGUCAUAUUUGGGUGUCAUUUCCUCAUCUCAAAAAUACAGACUAAAUUCCUCACCAGUACACCCACCUGCAUCUGAGAGGCAAACAGGGUGCACAGUGUUUUCAGACCGUUAAUGCCAAAAUAUAAGAUAUUCUCACACUGCAGCAAGUGUUUGUAAUGUAGAUUUUUCUUUAUUUUCUGUGAAAUUAUAAUACAGGCAGAAGACAUUUACUGAUUGCUUUGCUGUACAAAUAUGUACGCUACAACAUACACAACCAUGGAAAAAUACAGUUAAACAUUAUCCAUAAUUACUUUUCUUUUAUAUUAAUUUUAUACAUGAUAUAGUAUCACAACAUUUUUCUAUCAUGCUGUAAUUGUUCCCAUGUAUGUGUCAUGUGUAUAUUGGAUAUCUGGUAUAAACAAUGUAAAUUGCAGGUUUCAUCCAGUAACUGCAUCUACUGCUAAUAGUUUCUGUCUUUUUACUUAUUGUACACUAUUUGUUUCAUUUUAUUUUAUUUUUUUUACGACUUAAAAGGAUAGUUCAGUGUCUUUAAAGUGCAGUUGUAUGAGGUACUUGCCCAUGAUCAUGUUUAUGUAUAUUGUUAGUGCUUCAGAAAAAGUUAGCUGGACUUGGUGAAGACAUUACACCUCUUAUCCAAGAAACUUCCUCACUCUCACUGACUGGUUGGGGUUGCAGGUAUUGAUUACUGCCCCCAACUUUAUGCCAUUUAAUUACGCUCUAAACCUGAACACGUGAAAACCAGGCACAGUAUCCACGAGCAGAAAACCAUCCAUGCAUCUGAGCAUUUUAGCUCCGCGUGCACAUAUGUGGUCCUGCAAACAUGGGGCUGUGACAAGCAUGAACUCAACUGAUUAUACGCCUCCAACUGUUCCAUGCUCACUCACAUAUCUAGUAGACUUCUGAGACUUUAGAGACAAGGACAGCGGCUGAUGACCCCACUUCUCUGAUUGGUCCAUUUCAACAGUCAUCUCAACGCCUCAGCAGUCUCUUACUCUCAGUCAGUAGUGGAAGUACUCAGAUUUUGUACUUAAGUAAAAGUCACAAUAGCACUGGAUAGAAUUACGGUGUUAGGAGUAAAAGUAUUCGAUUAAAAAGUAGAAGUAUUCAUUGUGCAAAAUGGUUCAUUUCAGAGUAAUGUACAUUACCAGUCAAAAGUUUGGACACAUCUUCUCAUGUAAUGGUUUGUAUUUAAUUAUUUUAUACAUUGUUGAUUAAUACUGAAGACAUCAAAACUAUAUAUAAAUACAUAUGGAAUUAUGUUGUAAACAAUAAAGUGUUAAUCUUCAGUAUUAAUCUACAAUGUAGAAAAUAGUACAUAUAAAUAAAAAACAUUGAAUUAGAAGGAGUGUCCAAACAUUUGACUGGUAGUGUACAUUGUAUUGGAUUAUAAUUAUCUAUGUGUUAACCAGGAGGAGGGUCUACCUUUUGUAUCUCUAACAAUCUGUGGGAGCCAAUAGCAGCUCCCCAUAUUGGACAGUGGCAAAAAUAAAUAAAUAUUGAUUGACAUCGAAAGAUAACACAUGAAUUUAAUGCACGUCAUCCAAGGAGGCUUUUCCACGGAGGCGAAGGUGGUUAAAAAGUUUAAAGAAACAGGCAGUGUCAUGGACAAACCCCGUUCUGGAUGACCAAAUAUAUCAGCCGAAACUAAAGAAUUGGCCAUGACUAAAAUUCAUGCCAGCCCCAAAAAAUCACUUUCCUAACCCUAACCCUAUCUUUCAAUAUGUCCAUUCUUCACGUCUACAGAGACGUACCAGUUCAACUCUUUUGUCUUUCAACAAAAUUCUGUUUUACUUUAGAGACACCCUGUAUGGGGCUCAGAGGUGGUGCCACAGGUCACCUCCCCAGUUUAAAGAAGGUUAUUCUAGUUUAACAUAGAUUUCUUCCUUCACUCCUCUCUGAAACCAUCUGUCUCUGUCUAGAAUGCGAACGUUGCUGUGCUUGAAGGAGUGUCCCUUAUCCUUUAGAUGAAGGUAGACUGCUGAGUCUUGUUCUGAGGACGUUGCUCUCCUGUGUUGUGCCAUAUGUGCUGUUAGACCUGUUGUUUAGUCUCUCCCUUUAUGUAGGCCUGUGGACUACUCGCUGCAUUGGACUGCAUAUAUGGUGUUGCUCAGCUCAUGUUUAGGUGUUCUAUCCGCAAGUUAAAACCAUUGCACUGGGAUGAUGUUUUGAAAAAAAUCCUUUCAAGUUUCUCCGACACACCAGUUAUAUACAGGCUGACGAUGUUGUUGCUUGCUCUUUUCUUCUCUAUUUGGUGUUUUUUCAGGUUUCUUAGCUAACUCAAUGAGGACCCAGAACCUACACAUAAAGACGGAAAGCUGCUAUUUGACUGGAACAUGAGCUGGGUGUUAUCAGAACCUUACAGCACUGGGCUGAGAAUGGCCCUAUCAAGACAGAGGGAAAUAAGAAGCAGCCAACCUGUGGUUAUCCCAACUGGGUCUUCAUUAAAUCAGCUGAGAGAUUCAGAAAAAAACAUCAAAUGGAAAAGGCACAACAACAUUUUCAUUCCUCAGGAUUUUCUCUUACAUCUUGGUGCACUCCAAACACAGGAUUUACUCUCAGACACAAACUGGCUCGCCCCAAGGGUAAAACACCCAAACAUAGGCUGAGCAAUGUUCUAUAUGCAGUUCAAUGCAAUGAGCACAGGCCGAUGUAAAGCGGGAGACUAAACAAUAGCUCUGAAAGCACAUAGCACAACACAGGAAAGGCAGCUCCUCAGGAAAAGACUCAGCAGUGCACCUGCAUCUAAAUGAGAGGGGACACUCCUCUGAGGACAUAGUGUUGGACAGGGACAGAGUGCUUGAGAGAGAAUCGAAGGAAGCUACAACUAGGGUUGGACCUGAAUAUCCGAAUAGUCGGUUGUUACAGUGGUAUCCAAAUAUUAUUUUUGAGAUUCGAAUAUUGCCCCCCCCAAUUGUACCAUUUCAAACUAUUCGUUGGACUUGAACUACUUCAAUUCCAACAAAAAAAAUGGAAAAAUUGGGGCGUUGUAAAACUUUUGACCAGUAGUGUGUAUCUCUUCAAGUGUACACUAUGUCUAGAAUAUUUUCACAGUUUGCAUUUUAUUAGAACUUCCAUAUUUCUACGUGUAAGUAAAUCAAUGCUGCACCUUGUAUCCUUCAGCUGUGUCACUCACAGUUUCAGCAGUGUAAUACAAUGCAUUGCACUGGUGUGCUUAAGCGUAGGAAUACAGAAGUUCUAGGGUUAAUAAAAUGUAGUGCCAAAGGAAAGGGCUGUGGUAAAAAUAUGCUUUGCUGCUGAUCCCAUUCAGAGCAUUUCUUUGCUGCUUCAAAAAGAGGUGGUGCCUAACUGUACCGUAGGUAACACACUGACUGUCUGGGUAAGUACCUCAUACAACCCCACUACAAAGGAACCAAAAUAUGCCUUUACAAUGAACAGCAGUGUUAAAGUGAAGUUUAUAAAAUGUAUUCUAAUUAAAACAUUGGAUUUUUUUGUA